AUGAAGGCGAGACGUCAUGCUGAGUACUUACAUGCUCUCGAAAAUACUGCCGCAUCGGCAAGUGAACGUGCUCUUGAGGCUGAUGAGCGAGCGUUGAGGAUCGUGGAAGAAAAUGCGAAAUUGCAUAACAUGCUUAAUGAAGCCAAUAGUAAGAUGAACGAGCUCGUUGAGGUUUGUGAAAUCCUGGAGUUGCAGGUCGGUAAGACGACCGACUCACUUCGAUUCGCCAUAAGAUCGAGGGAUCAGCUGGAAACGACAACUGCAGAACUUCGGACAGGCAAAUUGGUCGAAAAGCAUGUUGUUGAAGAGCUCGUCAGGGCGCAACAGAAUCUUAAAAAGGAAGUGCGUGCUCGUCACAUACUGCGCAGCAAGACAAAUGAUUUGACAGCGAAUGUAGCUUCUCUUCAUCACCAGAUUUUGAACAAAAAUUCUGAACUGUGCAUGCAAUAUCAACAAAUGCAGGCGGAACGGCGCGAAUUAGAGAGGCUUCGCUCGAUUCUUGAUCGUUUGCAUGCUUCAAAAAGCACAAAGAUCUCUGGACUUUUUUCUGAAAUUAAGCAGGCGCAGUAUAUCGCAAGGAUCAUGCAAACAUUGGUGAUGGAAGUGACAAGCGAGAGGGAUAUAGCACGGGAAGAGAUCAGCCUCAUCCGAGGGCAGUAUAACAUGUUGCAAAAACUCGAAGCGGGGCUCGUAUGCGCUGCAAAGAGUUACGAUGUUGCAUUUGCACGCACGGGGUCAAUUCAGAGUGAGUGUGAAUGUCUUAAGAAUGCUUUGGCAUAUGCCAACGAUGCCGUUUCAUGUGCCCAAUGUAGAAGUCAUGAACUGCUUCGCGAUUUGAUGUCUAUUCAGAACGCCCUUGACAUAGCAGGCACUAAGUAUGAAAUCGAAACAGCCGCAGCGGUAAGUCGAGCUGAGAGCACCGCUGCAUUCGCGUUAUCUGCUGCUGAUCACGCCCGUGCAAACGCUGAAGCUCGUGCGAGAAGAUUGAAAGAAGUGCUCACAUUCUCAAGUGAAAACGGCGAGCGCAAGGCAAUUCAGUUACGUGACAUCUGCACCAAGCUCGCAGCAACACAUGCAAAAAUUUUGGUCGCACAGAACUAUAAUGUGUUAUUGAAAUUGUUGGAUGCACAUCUCUCCAUGACUAACUCGAAGGUGACUCAGGUCACUGGUGAGAUGAACCAAUUAAAAUGGAUUUUACAAACUAUGCAACGAAAGCGAACCAAUGCGACAUCAGCAAUGAAAUCAGCUUUAGAUCGUGCUCGAGCAGACACCGAAGCGGCCAAGAGGGCACGCACAGCAGCCGAGAUCACCGCGCAUUGCACCUUGAGCAAGCUCGCACAACUUCGCGAAAAAUAUCAGCAGGCAGAUAAAGGAAGAACACUUGCAGAAGAUGGCGAAAAAAUUGCAAAGCUGAAGAUAGUUGCCGAAAGAGCAGCAGGUGCAGCACAACAGCGAGCUCUUGUAGACCUCGCUGCUGAGACAGCUCGAUUUUCUGAUCAGAUCAGCACUGCGCAGUGUUUGCAAAGACGUCUUUCGGAAGAAAAAAUGCUUGGUAUGUGCACCGCUGCUGUGCGGGAAGAAUGCAUGAUACAGGCGGCCAUCGGGUUUUCCAACAGCGGUCCAGCGUCAAUGAUUUGAUGAUAAGCCUCCUGCGCUUACACCAACACGCGUGUACAUGUCGAGGCGAAUAUGUUACGGCUCGAUUCUGGCUGAGCCAUGUAGCGCUUAGUAUUUCCUUUGAAAGUAGCGACUCAUCCAAAUACCCUU